GGCUCAUUCUGGACGGACCCCGGUGAUUCUCUUGAGAUUGUGGACUUGCUAGUGAUGGACAGCUGGACUCGCCAGGGGGAUAGCUACUCCUUUCUUCGCAGUGCGCCCCGCAACAUUUCCCUGUGUCACCGAGACGGGACCCCGAACCACGUUGAAAUAUUUGAUAUCAUCAACGUCUCCAACCAACAGAGCGCCAUCUCCGAGACCACCUGCCUGUGUGACAUUUUCGGUGAUGAUUGCGAGUCACCCUCUCUAGCAAGCAGCCCCGCUCUAGAGACCUUUGUCCCCUCUCCAAUCGAUGCCGCAGUUUCACCCCCUGUGGAUGAUCUGAACGACUCCACCGGCUCUUACCAUACUGCGCAGGGAUCGAGUGAAGGAGAGGAGGGAUUUGAGGAUUCAACUGAGGGGCUUCAGAAUCAACUUUCUCCGCCAGCAGAACUGACUGAGGGCAAUGGAAUGAUCUCAGAACAACAGGCGGUUGACCAGGAAAGUGUGGAAAAUUUUCAACCCAAUAGCAAAUCUCCAGUCCAACAGCCACCAUCACCCAGUUCACUGCCUGGAGUCCCAGAGUCUAUUCGUGGUGAGAGGACACCCUCUCCUGGACACAACUGCUCACCCUGCCCCAGCUCGGCCAGGACCCUCUCCUCUUUAUCUUCCUCCUCACUUGAAACGAGGGAGUCUCCAUUACUUCCAUUUCCUGGACAAGCAGAGAGUGAACAAGAGACCUGUGCGGGACGACCAAACAACCUUUGGAAUCAAUCGUUUAACCAAAGCCCUUCAUCUGAUCUGGUGGCAUCAUCAUUGUCUGGAACUGGAAACACUUCCCCAGCAAAUACAUCCUUUCAAGAGAUAAGGGGAGCCUCUGUUUCACCCGGGGCAGAAAGCAAUUACGAAAGCAGCAAUUCUCCGGCAACAUUUGCUGUUGGAUCUGCUGCAGACGUGAUAAAAUCAGCCGAGGAAGUAAAAGGGCGUCUUUCAAGUCCUUUCACUUCAUCCAGAAAUGGAUUAAACACACCUCAGGGGUCUUCUAUCUCCCCGGAUCACACUGGACGGGUGUCUCUUCCAGAUCUCUUCAGCAGAGGCUCCACACCUGAAGUGGAAGAUUCUUCCGACAGUCAAGAGCUGAUUUCUCACCCGAGACCAUCCUCUGAAAAUAACCUGGAUUUGCCCAUCUACUCUGGCAGCGCUGAGUCCACACCAGCUCCAAGAUAUACUCCUCCUUCUCCCGUGAUUUCACUGAGCUCUUCUCCUGCUCUUGGGCACAGCAGUGCUUCUCCUGGUUUAAAAGAUAUUGAUCCCUCCAUUGAGAUUGAAAGAACUUCCUCCCCAGAGGAAAGAGGGACGAGUAUCCCCUCUCCCCAUUCCUCAUCUCAAACAAGACCCAUCUCAACAUCUUCAGACCUCAGCACCCACUCGUCUCUGGUUCAUUAUAGUUUAACUCCAUCACCGGACAUUAGGGGCCACUGCGGUCCCAAAGAACAGACUUUUCCGGCCCCAUCCCCAGAAAUUAGGAUCACAUCUUCAUCACCUGAAGUCACUGACAGGGAAGCAAACUCAGACUUCACUUUUGUACACCCCCACUUUGAAUUUCAAAGACCGCGAAGCCUUAAUUCCUCCCCUCAUAUCACUGGGAUUUCUUACUCUGUUAUCCAACCAGAGGACAGAGGCAGCCCGCCCUUUCCAGAACUUGAUCAUUUCUCUCCCCAAGAAUUUGAUAAUGCGAGCCAGUCUUUGGAUGACGGAACACUGUCGCUAGACAGGAGCAGUGUCCACAGUUUGCCAGAGACUGCCGUUUCCCCACACGACUCCUGCUCCGAAGUACCCCUCGCACAUCUAUUCAGGUACCUCACACCUUCCCCACAACUUGGGAAUCCCAGUCCUUCACCUGAGAGAAAAAGUCCUUCAGCUCAGCUCAGCAGCAGAGAGCCAUCACCUCUUCGCUCAUCCCCCACGAUCAACAAGCCCAGAACCAUCUCCAGAGAGUCCAGCCUACACUUUUCAAAUCCUUCUUCACCUCAAAAUAUACCUGAAUUUCAAGAGACUUCCUCUUCGCCCAGGAUUGCUGAACUGCAUGCCGCUGAAAACUUGGUAACAAGCAGUGUAUCACCUUUGAAUGGAAUAGACCACAAAGGACAAUCACUUAUUGAUGUAGAAGAUAUCCAUGCAGUUCAGGUCAUACAGUUGUCUCAGCCAUCUUUAGUGAAGGAGGAGUCAAGGAGACCUCUGAACACUGAGGUGCAGGUAACACAAACAAAUGCUGAUGAAAAAUCUGUUUUGACGACAUCAGCUGGAAUUGGAAUCAAUAUUUUCCCCCUGUGCACCAAUCCUCCAAUUCAUAAUUGGUGCACCUCUCCUGACCUUCAACUCUGUGACAUAGAAAUUCCCCCUGUUCAUAAAGCUAAAUCAGACAGAACUGUGCAGAUAUUAGAGAAUCAACUGCCUCCUUUCAUAAGUUACCCACUAAAACCUGCCAGCAAUCUGCCCACAAACUGUUCCGUCAAGAAUUCUGUCAGAAAAACCUCCCCUAAAUUUCCAUGUGAAAUAUCAAGUUCUCCUGAGGACAUGGCCCACCAUGUGAACAGAAGAAGAACACCCUCUCCCCCUAUCACCCGAUUUACGCCGGUACACAUCAUAGCGCCUGAAAAACCAUACAGACAAUGGCAGGACCGAAGCUGCAGUGGUGCUGAGGCAUCCUCACAGAGGGGUCGUCUAAAAACAACAGCGUCCCAUGGAGAAAAUCCCAGUGUUGACAAUCGUGGCCAGCCACACUGGGCCAGGCUUGAAAGGCAAUUUGAAAGGGAGAGGAAGCUGCAACUAGGGGGCGCAGAAGGGACAGUUAUAGAUCAGCAAAGGGAGAUGAAAAGAGAAACAAAGAGGGAGGGGAAGGCACUGAAAAAGGGGGAGGAGUGGCAGGGAAACAUGGGUUACAGAGAGGAACAGGUUGACCUGUCAUUCAAUGCCAGGAAUAGAAAAGGGUCUGCAAGCAGCAAGACAGCCCCCACAAGCAGAGAGACUCGUCAGAGGCUGCCAACGGCGCAUUCCUACUCAGAGAGUUUGCUUGCCACCAGACAGCUCCAGCAACAACAGAUCCAGCACCGAUCUGCUUCCCAGCAAGAUAUCAAGGUUGGUGGUCCGAGCAGGCGACUCAAUCCUCCCGCAUUGCUCGGCAAGAACAGCGCUCCAGAAGUCACAAGUAGACCCUCUCAGAGUUCCAGCUCCAGCAUGGGAAGUGAAUUUGAUGAAGCUGAUAGUGAGGUGAAGUGGUUUACAGACGUGGCUUUCAGUAGCCUCUCAAGCCCUGAGGUUGAUUACCUUGACAUGUACAAUUCCAGCCACCGCUCCUCGACGAACAUCUCACAACCGUCCACUCAAGAGAGCCUUGCCGGGGUAAAUGCUGCCAGCUUGGCCUAUGCUGACUUUAGCGGCUCUGCUUCAAACCUGGACCAUGAUGACUUUUCUUUUCAGCAGCAGCUUCUGCAUUGUCAUGAUGGGCUGGAAUCAUCGAGGCGUUAUGAGAUGGGGAGCUUUGAGUGCAUAGAUGUGGCGAUGGAACGAGAGGACUCCCGAAAGAUAAGAAGAGGAGUGCCAAAGAGACAGAUUCAACUGAAGAGAAAGGAGAGUGUGGAGGAGAGGCAGGAUGCAAGCAGUGAAAGUAGUACGUCAGGUGUCGCCGUCAGCUCGAGGGACAUGUCGACGAGGCAGCACAGCACGUCCAUGGGGAGGCAGGACUGUUUCCUUUCAGCGCACAAUACCGAACACCAAAGUAACAGACACAGCAAACUCAAAAAGUCUACAUCGCUGGAUGAAACUCCAAAGUCAAAGAUGGCCACCAGCGUGAUCAAAAAUGUUUUGUCGAAGAAGAUGCAAGGUUUUGAUCAACAACCCGAUGAACAGGUGGAUGAUGAAUCCAGCCCCAACAUCGAAAACCCAUCAGAAGAGAGUGCAGGAUCAUCAUUUAAGGAUGCUUCAACAUCCGAGGCUGAGCAUCAUCACCCAUGUGAAGAUGCUGCUGGAAGCAAAGGACACGUUGGAACAGAUGUCCAACCAUCAAAAAUCUUGGGAGGAAUUUCCAGCGACAGACCGAGUUCUUGCAGCAGCAACAGAAGCCUAACUUUAUCACAGUCCAAGAGCUCUGAGCCCAUCUCGGACCCAGCUACUGAACCCGACCUGAAAACCCCACCCAAAACAUCAGAAGAUGGACUGAACAACAGUGACCUGUGGAAGGAAAGUGAAGAUGCUGACUCAUCUCAUGUUCCUGCCAGUGACAGCGUUAUGCAAGCCAGGAUCACAACUGAAGACCCAGAAUGUGAAAGCACUGAGGACCAUAAACAAGGUAAUAAAAGUCCAUGCCUGUCAAAAUCACAGACUGUGAAAAAUGCAGAAAAAAAGAAAACCUCUCUUAAUGUCUGCCUCACGCCAGAGAUGGAAAGCAAACUUGAGGAAGUGUCACCAGAUAUGUCCUUAGAGGAAGAAAAGAAUCAGGAGGCUGAUGCUGAUCUGAAUGCUUCGGAAAAAGAAAAGAAGGCAAAAGUGCCCAUCCACAAAGUGAGAGACGUGCGCAGACUUGUCAAAAAUACAUAUAAUCUUUCAUUCAAGGCAACCAGCUCCAUAAUUCCACCAGAAGUAAGUGAAUAUUUUAACGAUGAUCGGAGGGAACCUACCAAAAAUGAAGAGAUGGAGAGACAGGUAAAGGAGGGGAAGGAGCUGGAAGCAAGUCAUGAAAACGAAGGACUCAGUGUUGUCGAUCAAACACCUGCUGUAUCACCUCAAACUGUAAAGCGUGAAGGGAAGCCACAGUCACACCUGCAAAUCCAGUGCCGAGCAGUCUGCUGGAAAGAUACCAAAAAGAAAACACCAGAGAAGCUCCUGAAGGAGGAACCCAAAGAACAGCAGCAAUCCAACAAAGACAGUAUCACAGAGGUGGGUCCAGCGCCUGCCACGUCGUCUCCAGGGGAACUCAGUGCAAAAGGUGGCAACUCGAUAACACAAACACCUAAACUGUCCGACAAGGACGUAACUCAUGGAGACAAGAAGGCUCCUUUGCUUGGAUCUAUUCCCAAGCAGCCCAGUAAGGAAAGAGAGGUGUCCACAGCUGUAGUUUUGAUAAGAGAUAGUGCAAACAGAACAAAGGUUUGUGCAUCACCAGAGCUGGAGGAAGUCACAAGAGAUCCUGUACCACCAACCACAGGGGGCAGUGGUCACUCAGUUUCCAUGUUACUAAAGGAAAAAGGCUACCAAGCUGACAUUGGAGCUGUGGUCGGAAAUGGGUCACACGGAGGAGGAGCUAAAGGGCUCCCACCCAAACAUGUCAACUGCUUGGAGAUCCCCCUUCAGCCCAGCAUGCCUUCAGAUGAAUCCCAAAAGAAGAAGUCAGCUUGUUCUCCAGCAAUGUCCAAAAGCGCAGGUGCAGCAAAGCUAAAGGACGAAGAUGGAACCUCGCAUGCAGCCGAAGGGGAAAGCCAAACCAACCAGAAGGACCAGGAGGCUGUUGAAGAAGCGAGAAAACAAGAUUCCAGUUUCCCUCCAAAAUCACCCAGACGAUUUCGACAGCAACCAAUUGAAGUGAAAUCCAUGGCCAAUGAAUCCCAGAAACAGGAAAUGACUGCCAACAGCAUCAAAAGCAAUAGACCCCAAACAAUCGAAGUCAAAUCAAUAGCGAAAACUCAAAAGCCCAUUGUGCCGCCAAAACCGACCUGCAAAUUCAAACCUGCAGAUAUAGGAGCACCAGCAAAUGACACAGACAAGCCCAUCAACACACCAACAACAAAAGCUCAAGCUGAGGAGAGGUCUCAAACUAUCGUUGUUUCCUCACCAACCAUCUACAGGAAAAUCAGCAAUGAGUCUGCGCCGUCACAAAGUUACACAAGGAAACUUGCAGUUUCCGCUGUAUCCAGCCUCAAACCUCCUUCAAGCAAAAAGGUGACGGCAAUAUCAAGUGCCUCACAUCAGUCAUCGACAGACACAGAUGGACCAUCUGAUACAGGCGUGCAGGAACCUACAAGGACGUCGCCUCAAAGUUCAAGAUACACCCAGCCAUCAAGUGUUCCGCAGACAGCCGCUGAAUCCACAACUGGUCCAGCUGCAGGGAGAGGUGCUGACCCCAUGUCAGACCACACCCCUCAACACACUUCUGGUGCUGGCAAAGAAAACCAUCCGGCAGUUGUGGAUCCAGAGCCCCCUCUUCAGUACCCCAAAAAAGUCUACUCUCAUGAGUCUGCAACUUCAUACACUCCCAAACAGCCUGUUCCUUCAACACAAGCACCUGGAUAUCCCCAACAACAAUUACGAAGAUCGCUAUCUUCGGAACGGCCCAAGAGAACAGAGGACCUCCAUUAUUAUUCUUCGGGCGACCCGCCAAGCUACGAUGAAAGAGAGAGCUUUAGUCCCCUGAUGUUACCAGAUUUAACCCCAAGGAGGUUGAAUCGCUUUCAGACACGCCCUCCUCCUUGUUCUUGCACAUCCAGUUGCCCUCACCACCCAGGACCUGCCCCCCCCACUCAUCAUCGCAGCCCCCACAACCUUACACCACCGGCACCUUCACACUCCCCGGGCCAAGGGGUUCCUUACCCAAUCACCCAGCCCCCACCCAGAGCACACCAGUACAGAGCGGACCCUCAACCCAUUGGCUUCCAGACCAGCCUGUCACCUAAAUCAAGUCCACUCGGUCCAACUCAGCCAACAACCAUGUACCAGCCUCCGAGCUUCCCCUCUCAUGCCACAGUCAUGCCACCCUGCCCUGCAGACCGUCCCAUGCCACCUAUGGAUCCACGGCGGCAUCCUGUCCACAGAUCGCCCCAGCAACAGCCUGCAGGAAUGUCUGGGGCACCUUUCAGUGAUGGCGGCCAUGGUCAUUCGCCCACCCUCCCACCAUUAGAUCCCCAGUAUCUUUGUGGGCCGCAAAACCUGGGGCACUCCUACGGCUCGGAAUACGGCGGCGACAACUCCAGUUUGUACUCCGAGAGCAGCUACGGACACACACCACGAAGGGUGCUGCUUGAUCCUGAAACUGGGAAGUAUUUUUACAUUGAAGUGCCAAUGCAGCCACUUAGGAAAAUGUUGUUUGAUCCAGAGACAGGUCAAUAUGUAGAAGUGCUCAUCCCGCAGCAAGCAAUGUCUCACUCUGGCUUGUACCCGCCUUCCGCAGCCCCGUACCCAUCAAUACACAAUCCAAGCAUGUAUGCCUCUGCUUCACAGUACAUGCCCUACACAGCCCCUCCUCCCCCACCCCACCCGCAGACUCAACUCCAACCACCCCGAUAUCCCGAAGCUGCUGCUGCAACUGCCUUGCAUCCCAACAGCCAGAGUGUCAGCUACAGGAAUUCCUCUGCUCUAGCCUCUAAGCCAGAGAACCAGAGUCACCCACCACUGGACCAGAGUUAUCUGGAGAGCAUGUAUUAUGUUCCUACAGGGAUGACUGCAAGUCCCAACACCACUCCACCGGUCUACUACCACAAGCAUCCCCCUAGCAUCCCCCCAACAGGGGGGAAAAGGUCCUGA